AUGCCUGCCCCUCAAGAUCCAAGGAAUCUUCCAAUCAGACAACAAAUGGAAGCUCUUAUCCGUCGUAAACAAGCGGAAAUCACGCAAGGUUUGGAAUCUAUCGAUACAGUUAAGUUCCAUGCUGAUACUUGGACCCGUGGUAACGAUGGUGGUGGUGGUACUUCUAUGGUUAUUCAGAACGGUACUACUUUCGAAAAAGGUGGUGUUAAUGUGUCCGUUGUUUACGGCCAAUUGAGCCCAGCAGCCGUUUCAGCCAUGAAGGCGGAUCACAAGAACCUAAGUCUACCAGAAGACCCAAAGACUGGUUUACCAGUUACCGACGGUGUCAAAUUCUUUGCUUGUGGUUUAAGUAUGGUUAUUCACCCUGUUAACCCACACGCUCCAACCACACACUUGAACUACCGUUACUUUGAAACCUGGAACCAAGACGGAACUCCACAAACUUGGUGGUUUGGUGGUGGUGCUGAUUUGACGCCUUCCUACUUAUACGAAGAAGAUGGUCAACUAUUCCAUCAAUUGCACAAAGAUGCCUUGGAUAAGCACGACACUGCUUUGUACCCACGUUUCAAAAAAUGGUGUGAUGAGUACUUCUACAUUACCCACCGUAAGGAAACUCGUGGUAUUGGUGGUAUCUUCUUUGACGAUUAUGAUGAGCGUGAUCCACAAGAAAUAUUGAAGAUGGUUGAAGAUUGUUUCGAUGCCUUCUUACCAUCUUACUUAACCAUUGUUAAGAGAAGAAAGGAUAUGCCAUAUACAAAGGAAGAACAACAAUGGCAAGCCAUUAGACGUGGUAGAUACGUUGAAUUCAACUUAAUCUACGACAGAGGUACUCAAUUCGGUUUAAGAACCCCAGGCUCUAGAGUUGAAUCAAUUUUGAUGAGUUUACCUGAACAUGCCUCCUGGUUAUACAACCACCACCCUGCUCCUGGUUCCAGAGAAGCUAAGUUACUAGAGGUUACCACCAAACCAAGGGAGUGGGUUAAAUAG